GCAAGACACAAAGAAGGACAUUCGGGACAGAUAGCCUAACGGAAAAAACAACAACAACUACUACUUUUGAUCCCGAAGCACAUAUCAAAGUAACAUGGAGAACCCGAUCAACAUACUCUUCCAGGUUAUCCAAAGGCUUUGGUCCUCAGCUCUCAAUGGCAGACCGUUGUACAAGCUCGUUCUCAGGUUCGCCGUGAACUUUUCUCCCGUGUUCAUAUGGCUCUUUAUGUUCAAGAACGCUGGCGUUGUACCAAACGAAUGGCGUCCCAAAAUCCACGUUGGAUGGGCAUAUUAUACCGAUUCCACGGUGUUCUCCCCCUGGUGGUUCCCUGCGUGGGCCGUGCUAAUGGUUGUGGUCACGUUUAUCUGGUAUCAUAUUGUCAAGAACAAGUCUGUCUAUCUGACACAACCUCCGCAGAAGGAUUUGGAAGGUGGGUUCGACUCGAUACAGUUGAUGGACUCGGACUCAAGGUCCGAUUCCGGGUCCUCCACUAGUGGAGACGACUCCUCGGACGAUAUCGUCGAGGACUUGGGCUACAGAUUGUCCCAUGGCAUGAUACCGAAGGCCAAAACACAUGCUUUGUACCUCACUCCUCUACUUCUAUGUCUCAUAUGGCCCGUACUGAACACUGCACACUGGUUUGCAACACCUCUCACGGUGCCUAAGGACCUGACGGCGUGGUUGUUCUACGUGUUGGCUCAUAUCACCUUCCCAAUUUUGACUGCUGUAUGGCUUUACGUGUUCCAUUUGCCUGGUGCUCUGAAGUGCUUCUCAAUUGCUCUGGGAUUGCAAAACAUCGCUGGUGUCUGUACGCAUAUGCUGUUUCCAACAGCACCACCGUGGUUUAUUCACAUGCAUGGUCCUGAAGCCGAGGCCAACUACGAUAUGCCAGGUUACGCUGCUGGACUGACAAGAGUCGAUGUUGCCCUGGGUACACACCUGCAUUCAAAGGGAUUCCACAAGUCUCCAAUUGUGUUUGGUGCUGUGCCAUCGUUGCACAGUGCAAUGGCUGUUCAAGUUUGCAUCUUUGUAUGGUAUUUUGCCAACUCCAUCGCUCUAAGAAUCCUUGCCAUUGGCUUUGUAUGCGUCCAAUGGUGGGCAACUAUGUACCUGGAUCACCAUUUCAGAAUCGAUUUGCUCAUAGGAUGUUGUUAUGCUCUUAUCUCAUUUGGUGCCAUUUGGCCCUACAUCAGACAUCAAGAGUUGAAGUUCCUCAAGGCCAGAAGGGAGAAUGAUUUCACACAUGGUACAACCAUGGGGAUGAGGGUGUUUAGAGGCUUUGACAGAAUCCAGAGAUUCUUUGAUCCAUACCACUGAUUGCUUUCAUGCUCCCACAGUUAACAGGAGGGAAGGAAGAACACUCUUGUAUUUGUUUUCUGCAUUUUUGACGUCUUCUCUAUUCCAAAGUCUUAAUAAAAGUCAUUUAUCAUAUCCAGCAACCCAAAGUUGGAAUGGAGGGAGGCUGUUGCUACAUCAUGACAAUACCACGCUAUGAA